GCAUGAGGUAUCUAGAUACUGCCAAAGCGUAUCUUCACAAUUUCAAUUUGAUCUCAUAUUUGAUUUGAUUAAACUUGAUAAGAUUGACAAAGAAAACUACACAAUUAGAAAUAGUAUUACUUAUAUGUUGGUUUCGGCAUCAUUAUAUUCGAAUAAAAAUAAAUAAAGUCGUCAUGUCUACUCAUGUUUUCAACGUAGAAAUGACUUGCGAGGGUUGCAGCGGGGCAGUAGAAAGAGUUCUCAACAGAUUAAAAGGCCAAGGAGUGGACAAUGUCGCGAUUAGUUUACCUGAACAAAAGGUGGUCGUAACAUCGUCUCUCAGCAGUGACCAGCUUUUAGAAGUUAUCAAAAAAACAGGCAAGAAAACAACUUAUGUGGGCACACAAUAAUUAAGGUUGAAUUGUAUAUAAAAUAUAAAUGUGAUGAUAAGUAACAAUAUUUACAUAAGUUAUUCACAAACAAAAUUUACAUUUAUAUACUUGUUUUAGAAAUUUGUAUAAUUUUGUGAAGUCAUUUUUUUAAUCAAUAAUUUUUAAGGAAGAUACUUUGCUACUGCUUAU